AUGUCCACCCCAAGUACCACAAAGCAAUGGACCGUUAACGGCAAAGAUGGGUUCUCCUCCUUCCAAUUCCACGAGAAAGCCCCCCUUCCCCCUCUCGGCGACAACGACGUUCUCGUGAAUUUCCACUACGCAUCUCUCAACUACCGCGACCUCAUCAUCCCUAAGGGCAAAUACCCCUUUCCAACCUCCCUCCCCGUAAUCCCCGCCUCCGACGGCGCCGGCACCGUCCUCGCAACCGGCCCACGCGUGACCUCCUUCCACCCAGGCGACGCCGUCCUAACGCAAUUCAACCAAACCCACCAAGCCGGUCUCAUCACUUCCGCAGACCAAGGCUCCAGCACCGGCGGCGCCGUAAACGGCACCUUAACACGCCAUGGCAUCUUCCCCUCCACAGCGCUCGUCCAUAAACCCAACAACCUCUCGUUCAAAGAGGCGAGCACACUCCCCUGUGCCGCACUCACAGCGUGGAACGCCCUGUACGGCUUACAGGGCCGGAGGCUGAUGAGUGGCGACUGGGUUUUGACGCAGGGAACAGGGGGCGUGUCGAUAUUCGCGUUGCAGUUUGCGAAAGCGGCGGGGGCGAGAGUCAUCGCGACCACAUCCUCCGAGAACAAAGCGGAGGUAUUGAAGAAACUAGGGGCGGACCAUGUGUUGAAUUAUAAGAGUACGGCGAAGUGGGGGGAAGAGGCGAAGAAGAUCACGGGGACGAAUGGGGGCGUAGAUCAUGUUCUUGAAGUGGGCGGGCCGACGAGUAUGGCGCAGAGUUUGGCGGCCAUCAAGCCUGAGGGGUUUGAGGAGAUGGUGAAGGCGUACGAGGGUGGGGGCAUCAGCAAUCCUGUGACUGACGAGAAGAUUUGGGGGUUGGAGGAGUUAAAGGAGGCGUACGGGCAUAUGUGGGAACAGAGGCAUUUUGGGAAGGUGGUCGUUAAGGUGGAUGAUUGUGGGGGGAGUAAGCUGUGA